AUGGAGACAGAAGCGGAAAACGUGUUGGAUGCGCUCAGCCAUCGUAUUGUCGACGAGGUGUUGCCAGCGGCAGAGGAAGCCCUGCAGCAGCAAUUCGAGCGACUCAGCACCCAGAAAAAGGACUAUUCCAUCGAGGAGCCAUUCGUCAAGCGCUCCCAACAGCCCAGCACCGAGCUAAAAGCCGUCGAACAAAGCGAGCACGAGUCACAGACCCUUGCGGACCGGCUGAGCGAUUCCGUGUCCGCGGCCUUCGCCUCGAUCGCCGACAGCGGGGACAAACUCGUUGAAGGCGUCAACGAGCUGGUGCAGGACAUCUCCGAAGUCGAGUCGGUGAAAAACUUAAAAGAAGACUACCACCGCGUUGGUGAACACCUCGCCGAGGCUGUCGACAAGUUGAGCGAGAAAAAGACCGGCGUUAUGGAUAAUCUCCUCGAAUCGACCAAGCAGGGCCUCCACGACGCCGCCGAACAGGCGCAGCAUGCGGCGGACAGUCUGGUCGAGUCGGUGAAGCAGGGCAGCGAGGCUGCGUCCGCCAAGGCCCACGAGAUCUCUGAGGCCUACGGCCACGCGCAGGAGAAGGUGGCUGAGCUGCAGAAUGAUGCCGCCGAUUUGGGAGAUUCUCUGAGCAAAGAAGCUGACGCCCAUCUAAAGACGACCACCGAAAAUUUGCAAGAGGAUUGGGAGAAGGCCAAGGAACAAGCCCACGAAUCCGUGAGGCCGGCCGAGGAGAAAGCUGAAGACGUUGAGGAGACCAUCGAAAAGAAGGUGCACACCGAACUCCUCGCCGACCACGUGAAGGAGCCUUCGCCCUUUGACGAGCCGUCCGCAUUGGAGGAGACCGCCCACACCGCCCUCGACUAUACAGGAGAGAAGGGCGAACAGGUUCAUCACACCACGCUGUCGGUGGCCGACCACGUCGAGAACGUCAACACCGACGAGUUGGAGAAGCACAUCAGCGAGCCAGAAGAUCCUGUGGACGACACGGCAGUCAACGUUGCCGAGCCAGUGCACGAGGCGGCCCACGAUUUGGCGGACAAUCUUGGCCAAGUGGAGGGCAAUGUGCGGAACGUCGUCGAGGAGUUCAGCCAACGUGCCGAACAAGAGACGACCGCUGGAGCAGAAGCCGCCGACGGCUACUGGCAGGGGCUGAAGGAGAAGGCCCAGGAUUUGGCCAGCGAGGCCGAGGAGUCGAAAGACGAAGCGCUCUCGGCCGCCCAGGGAAAAUAUGAUGAGGCCAAGGAUAAGCUGCUCACUUCUACCCAAGAAAAAGCGCACGAAGAAGCCGCCGUCGCUCAGGCGGCCGCCAAAUCAGCUGUUGAGGAGACGAAGGACGUGGCGCAAGAGGUGGCCGUGUCGGCCAAACAGUCUGCAAACGAAGCCGUCGAGACCGUGCAGGAAAAAGCCGAAAAUGUGUCGGAAGCUGCCCACGAGAAGGCUUCUCACGCCUGGGAGGCCACCAAGCAGACCGCCGUGAAGGCUCAGGAAAAAGCGGCCGAAGUGGCCGACUCGGCAGCAGAGAAGGCUUCAAACGCCUGGGAGUCCACAAAGGAAUCCGCGGCUGUCGUGGCGGACAAAGCCGAUGAAGCCGCCCACAAGGCUGAGGAAAAGACAUCUGAAGCCGCGGCUACCGUAACUGAAAAGGCCGCCACCGCCUGGGAGGCCACCAAGGAAUCGGCGGCCGCUGUGGCUGAGAAGGCCAAGGAGAUGGCGGAAGCCGUCUCCUCGGCGGCGCACGUGACCGCCGAAAAGACCGGGCAGGCUGUGUCCUCGGCCGCUGCCGUAAUCCAGAACGUUGCCAACGAUACCGUCGCCUCCGCCGAGUCGGCCACCACUCGCCUCGAUAAGGACAUCUCCGGCUCCCCGCCACCUCCUGCGGUUUUGGAGGCGAAAAAAUCCGAAACUCCCGCUGCCGCAGCGCCGAAGAAGAAGUGCACGAUCCUG